CUCUUGUGAUCAAUCCGCAGAGAAUUUCUUUCGCAGAAAUUCUUCUUCAUUCAACUUUUGCAAAUUUCAGCAUGAUGCAAAAUAAGUCAAAGUUUCGUUGGUCAUUUUGAGCAUAAGCACGGAUGAAUGAAAAAACUUGACAGUCAGCAGAUGGGUGCAGUCAGUUUACUGAGAUCGCAGCAAAUUGGAAGUGUGCCCUUGAUCACUUGCUCUUGAAACCCACGUCAGAAUGUUGGUCCCAGUCUUCACCUUGAAACUCAACCAUAAGAUCAACCCCCGCAUGGUGACCCUGGGCAAGUAUGACGGCAAACAUCCAAAUCUCACUGCAGCCACCACUGCUGGCAAGGUUUUUGUCCACAACCCCCACACUCGAAUGGCCAAUGCCAGUGGCCGUGCCGUGGAAGCCAGUGUGGAUUCGGACGUCAGCCUGCUCAGCAUCAACCAGAAAGUCAGCGCGGUGUGCGCGGGUUCACUUGACUCGCUCGGGAUCAGCGACGUCCUCAUGGUUGGCACCCAGACCAACUUGCUGGCCUACGACGUGCAGAACAACACUGACGUUUUCUACAAAGAUGCUCCCGAUGGCGUGAAUGCCAUCGCUGUGGGUCAGCUGGGAGAUAUCGAGACACCGUUAGCCGUCAUCGGCGGCAACUGCUCACUACAGGGCUAUGAUAGCGAGGGCAACGACCUGUUUUGGACGGUGACGGGAGACAACGUCUGCUCUCUGGUUCUCUGUGACGUCACCAAUGAUGGGGAGCAGGAACUCAUCGUUGGCUCCGAGGAUUUCGACAUCCGCAUCUUCAGGAAGGACGAGAUCAUCUCAGAGAUGACAGAAACAGAGGCAAUCAGUGCUCUGUGUGCAAUGGCCAAUAACCGUUUCGGGUAUGCCUUGGCCAAUGGAACCGUGGGUGUGUAUGAAAACAACUCACGCUAUUGGAGAAUUAAGUCCAAGAACCAGGCUGUCAGUAUCCACAGUUUUGACUUGAAUGGAGACGGGGUACCAGAGCUUAUUACUGGAUGGAGUAAUGGCAAGGUGGAUGCUCGAAGCGACCGUACUGGGGAGGUCAUCUUCAAGGACAACCUAUCCUCGUCUGUUGCCGGCAUCGUGGAAGGGGACUACCGGAUGGACGGGCAGAAUGAGCUCAUCUGCUGCUCUGUGGAGGGCGAAGUGCGUGGUUACCUCCCAGCAUCACAGGACCAAAAGGCUAACUUGAUGGACACCAACGUGGAGCAGGAAACCAUCCGAGAACUGAGUCAGAGGAAGCAGAACCUCCUGCUGGAACUCAAGAACUACGAAGAAAAUGCCAAGGCUGGGCAAGCAGAGCGGCCCUCAGGCAUGGGGGAAUUAGACAAGGCUCAGAUGGGCAUCAUACCUGCCAACACGCAGCUGCAGACAUCACUGAUGGUCAAUCCUGGUGAUGCUAACAAACCUCCCCAUGUUGAGCUCUCUGUCUCCACCACCAAUGACACCAUUGUCAGGGCUGUACUCAUCUUUGCUGAGGGCAUCUUUGAAGGAGAGAGCCAUGUUGUUCACCCCAGCUUUCAGAAUCUCAGCAACAGCCUGAGGGUGCAGGUGGUGCCUCCGAAGGAUGUCCCCGUCGACUUGCACAUCAAGGCAUUCGUUGGAGGCAAAGCAAGUAAUCAGUACCACGUGUUUGAGUUGACGAGACAGCUUCCUCGAUUCUCGAUGUACCUGCCCUGCCCUGAAGACACUCCAGAGCCCAAAAGCAGUGUGACAUUCACAGUCAAUGAGCGCGUGCAAAGGGUAUUAAUGUGGAUCAACCAGAAUUUCUUGUUGAAUGAUGACAUCACGGGUAAAGGGGACCUCAGUGUGGGCUUCAUGUCACUGCGUGGCUCGGGGCCGUUGUUCAUCAACAUGCAGGCAAACGGACAGAUGACCAUCAAGACCGAUGACAUGGACCUCGCUGGUGACCUGAUCCAGGCCAUAGCCAACUUCCUAGGGAUCGAAGACCUUCAAGUCACUGCCGAUUUCCCCAUGCACAUGGAAGAACUCAAGAACGUGCUGCACAAAGUGGACGAGUUCCAUGCCGUCAGACAGAAGCUGACAGCCGAGAUGGCGGAUCAUUCCAACCUGAUCCGAAGCCUCGUAGUCAGAGCGGAGGAUGCCCGCCUCAUGGGGGACAUGAGAAACAUGCGUCGGGGCUACAUGGAGCUGUAUGAUUUGAACCGUGACCUGAUCAAUGGCUACAAGAUCCGCUGUACCAACCACCAAGAGUUACUCAACUGCCUCAAGCUGGUCAACCAGACCAUCCAGAAAGCUGGCCAACUCAGAGUUGGGAAAUUCAAGACCCAAGUAGUGUCGUCCUGCCGCGAGGCCAUCAAAACGAACAACAUCAGCGCCCUCUUUAAGAUCAUCAAAACUGGGGCGUCUUCUGCACAAGUUCUCACAGAGCAUGAAAUCAUGUUUCAGUUAUUUUACCGCUGUUGUCUGCUAGCCAGCUUUUUAUCUCUUGCAAGAGCUGAUGUUGGUUUGUUUAGACAUAUUUUGAAGCGAGAAACAGUUGCUUGUUGGACUGAUCUCACUGCCAGGCAACGCCAAGCAUCCUUCACCAGCCCCGGGUUUCCAUCCGAUUACCCGAACAAUGCAGACUGCACCUGGAGGAUUACAGCACCCCCUGGCAGCCAGAUUGCCAUCAGCUUUGUCUCAUUUGAUGUAGAAUUUCAACGGAAUUGCCAGUACGAUUAUCUCACCAUAUAUGAUGGCCCUGAUCGUACGUUUCCUCAAGUUGGGCGUUACUGUGGACAGGAUUUACCAGCAGACUUCACGUCCAGCCUACCAGCCAUCUUGCUCCAAUUCAAAAGCGACUCUUCGGACACAGAGGGAGGCUUCGAGAUCGAGUUUCAUGGGAUUGGGGAUUUUGAAGAUGAGGUCAUUAGGGAGCCAGAUGGUGGCAGUGAUGGUGGUGGGGUUGAUGAGGGGGGUGAUGGUGACUUAGGCGAUGGGGUUUUGAGUAGUGGCAACAGCAGCAGCAGCUGGGAUUCCUUUCCAGGUGAGGGCUAUGGUGGUGGUGGUGAUGAUGCAGUGGGUCAAGGUGGUGAUGGAGUGCGAGACAUCAGUAAUGGUAACACAGAUCCCACUGGAGGCCCUGCUGUGAAUGCUGAUGGUGCUGAACAGCAUCAGACUGUUGAAAUUGAUGGCUGUCAUCAAGAAUGGCACAAUGCUCGCCAUGGCAACAUCACAUCACCAGGAUAUCCUAGUCCGUAUCCAAGCAACGCCGAGUGCACCAUUGUGAUCAAUGCUCCACCACGACAUGGCAUCACUCUGACGUUUCACUCUUUUGAUACGGAGGAAUUCUUCUGUGUCUUUGAUUAUGUGCUGAUAAAAGACAGUAUUUCAGCAGAUGCUGAACCUCUAGCUAGGCUUUGUGGCUCUGAUCUUCCAGGAGAAAUCCAAUCGACAACCGGUGUGCUUGUUGUCAAGUUUGUCUCUGAUGCUGCCGAUCAACGAGGAGGGUUCCGUGCCUCAUUUGUGAGUCAUGCAUUCGAUGUCAGCACAGCGAGCAACGUACCGGAAAUAGUGACCCAUACCCCAGACAUAGGUCAGCCCCCUGAUGAAGGCAAUGCGCUGCUGUUCAUUGAGAAACCGGUCGAUAAGACGGAUUUGCGCCUCUGGGACUCAGUGACGCGCAUGUGCACUGUUAACCAAGAGGGCGCUGUUGUCAAGUGGCUCAGAGACACCCAAGAACUACCUGCAGGUGAAAUUACUGAUGGUAUUUCUGUCACUGAGGUGCCCCGCGGAAGCAUGUUGACUAUUGAUAGAAUGGAGGAGGAACACCAAGGCAUCUUUGUGUGCCAAGCACAGCUACCUGGACAACGACCAAUAAUUGCUCCAAUUGCCCUUCGAAUCACAGAGGAGCCGUCAAGCGUCAUUGUUUCAUCACCAGACUAUAUCAGUAGUGUAGAUGAUGGAUUUGAGACGGUGCCACAAGACGCCUCUGUCAUCGACGGUGCCAAUCACGUCUUGGAGUGCUCCUACCCAGGUAGCCAGUACAUCAUCUGGCAGAAGGAUGACCGAACGCUGUUCACCGAUGACAGAAUCUUCAAAAUCUUUGCAGAUAAUAUCAUGAUCAAUGAUGUCAGGGUGACCGAUAGUGGCAGGUACAGCUGUGUGGCGUACGACGAAAAUGACGUCAAACUCGGCACAGUCUUUGCCAGACUGACAGUUACAUCCAGCCUGGAUGUAUCUGACGACUGUGGUCUUGUAAGAGCUAGAGAGGCUGUAAACGAUACAAAUUUGGAGAAAUACCGCAUUGUUGGUGGUGAUGUGGCCAGGAAGGGUUCCUCACCAUGGAUAGCUCGUCUUUGGCAUCGGAGUCACGGUGCACACUUCUGCGGUGGAUCCCUGAUUAACUAUCGUUGGGUUCUCACGGCAGCUCACUGUAUCAGAAGUCCAGAACAUCACUACCGGGCCGAUGACAUUCAGGUCCGCUUGGGUGAUCACGAUUCCCUCUACAAGGAAUCCAGCGAGAUGAUAUUCAGGGUCUCGCGGAUUGUGAUGCACAGGAACUUCAACAUGAAAAGCUUCAAUAAUGACAUAGCCUUACUACAGCUGGACCCCAGGGUGCCGGAAUUCACCGACUAUGUCUGCCCGAUAUGUCUGCCCAAACCCCGCCUUUCCAAGAGGGCUGGUGCCUGGCAAGUAUGCCCGGGGGUUGGCUGGGGGAGGCUCAUUGAGCGUGGAAGUUACCCUAGGUAUCUCCGUGAAGUCGGCGUUCCUAUAGUGUCCGAAAGGGAUUGCCAGGUAUCGGCUGCGCAUUUGUUCACCACAAACAUGUUUUGCGCUGGCUACCGCCAGGCUGCGCAGGGAGAUGCUUGCCAGGGGGACAGUGGGGGUCCUCUAGCCAUGAUGGAAGGGGACAAGUGGCACCUGCUUGGGGUGAUCAGCUGGGGGGAAGGGUGUUCUAGGGCUGAAAAGUAUGGCGUCUACACCAAGGUUGCCAAUUACAUCUCCUGGAUCACAGAGGUCGUGACCCCCAGUGUUGAAGAUGAGUCAGUAUCAGAGUCCGAGUCCUCAUCAGUGUCCGAGUCUGAGACUGGUUAAAACACUUCUACAAAGCAAACGAAAACUUCUUGUUAAUGUAUUAAACUGCACGAUAUUGCAACAUAAAUUGUAUUAAGAGUGAAUCAAACCACUAUUGUAUAUGUUGCUUUAGCUGUAAGUUUUAUCCUCUGCUGUAGCCUGGACGUCACUCAGCCUCCACUUAUCACAAAUGUUUCACGUUCUCCCUUAUGUUUCAUGACUAGACAAGGCUUGCUCCGAUUGUAUAAUUAGGCAUUUUGCUUCAGGCUUCACAAAGCAUGGGGAUAUUCACACAUGUAUUUGACUGGCGAAAUCUGAUCACCAAAUGCCGAAUACAUUUGUGCAGUGUAGAUCAAAUAGUGAUGCAAGAAGAGUAUAUUUUCACCACUGCCAAGCUCAGCUCACUUGCCUCUGCAAUGAACAAUACACACAAAGCUGUGUAAUCUCCCGCUGGCUUCUUAUUGUCUCCUCUCUCUUUCAAAGUACUGUCUGGACCAUGUACGUUGUGAUGAUCACAAAUUAUUUUUAACAAGUCAGUUAUAGUUCUCUCAGAUUGUAUUUUCCUUUUUGUGCAUAUUCUAGUAACGUAUGCAGCGGAGACAGUGGACAGAAAAAUCAAUCUCUGUAAAAAAAAAUUAAAUCUGAAUGUUUGCAUAUGUACACAUUUACAACUAAUUUCACCGAAACACUCAAAAGGUAACAAAUUGACAAAUUUCUACCAACAGAAAAUCAAUCAAUUUAAUUAGGUUGCAUGAUUGACUUACAAUAGUUUACUUGGUUGACCUAUUAAAAAUACAGUUGCAAACUAA